CGCUACUUCAAAGUUGUUAAAACCCUUUCCUCGCCUGACAUAAAACCUUAUAUUUCCCUGUCUCUCGGCCGCGCUCGUGAAGUAGCGACCAUGGCAGAUGGGAGCAAUGACCAAGCGCACAAGUCUCACAGGACUCGAACAUCAGGAGCAUCUGUGAAGAAAAAGAAAGGAAAGUCCAAAGCAAAGUCGACCGAAGGUCUUUCCAAGGAGCAGAAGAAGCUCAACAAUCCUAAGGCUUUUGCAUUCACUUCAACUGUUAAAGCUAAACGGCUGCAAUCACGAGCUACAGAGAAGGAGCAGAAAAGGCUUCAUGUCCCUACCAUUGAUCGCUCUACUGGGGAACCCGCUCCCUUUGUGGUUGUAGUCCAGGGACCACCUAAGGUAGGGAAGUCAUUGCUGAUCAAGUGUCUUGUAAAGCAUUACACAAAACACAACUUACCUGAGGUUCGCGGCCCAAUUACAAUUGUAUCAGGAAAGCAAAGGAGACUACAGUUUGUGGAGUGUCCUAAUGAUAUCAAUGGCAUGAUUGAUUGUGCUAAGUUUGCUGAUUUAGCCUUACUCCUUAUUGAUGGAAGUUAUGGCCUUGAAAUGGAAACAUUUGAAUUCCUGAACAUAUUACAAAAUCAUGGAUUUCCUAGAGUGAUGGGUGUUCUCACUCACCUGGACAAAUUCAAGGAUGCGAAGAAACUUAAGAAAACGAAACAACGACUCAAACACCGUUUCUGGACUGAGAUAUAUGAUGGUGCCAAGCUCUUUUACUUGUCUGGCCUUAUUCAUGGAAAGUACACAAAACGUGAAGUACACAAUCUUGCGAGAUUUAUUUCUGUCAUGAAAUUUCCCCCAUUAUCUUGGAGGGUUUCACAUCCUUAUAUCCUAGUUGAUCGUUUUGAGGAUGUCACACACCCAGAGGAGGUGCGUGUGAACAGUAAAUGUGACAGAAAUGUUACAUUGUAUGGUUAUUUGCGUGGCUGCAAUUUGAAGAAGGGAUCAAAGGUACAUGUUGCUGGAGUGGGUGAUUAUCCUUUGUCUGGAAUUACAGCAUUGGCUGAUCCUUGUCCGCUCCCCUCAGCUGCGAAAAAGAAGGGUCUGCGUGAUAAGGAAAAGCUAUUUUAUGCACCCAUGUCUGGACUGGGGGAUCUUCUGUAUGAUAAGGAUGCUGUCUAUAUAAAUAUAAAUGAUCAUUUUGUGCAGUUCUCUAAAGAUGAUGGAGCUAAUCCAGGAGGGACACACAAAGGCAGCCAGCGUGAUGUUGGUGUUGAGUUGGUUAAAUCUCUGCAAAACACUAAAUAUUCUGUUGAUGAGAAGUUGGAGAAGAGCUUCAUCUCACUUUUUGGGAAAAGACCUUAUUCAUCACCUGAAGCUCUGAAUGAUUCAGUUGAUGCUCAUAAAAAUUCUAACCAGGAACUACCAUUGGAGCCUGUUGAGCAUUAUCAGUCAGAGAUUAAAGAUGAUGAAUUGGAAGAAGACAGUGAUACUGACGAUGAAUAUGGUCUGGAAUCCUCGGAUAAAUUGGUUAAUAAGAAGUUGCCUUCAGGGACUAUGGAUGAUAGUUCUGAUGAGGAAUCUGGCCAUGCAUCAGAACAAGGGUCUCCAACCCCGAGCAACUUCAGGGAACAAAUUGAUUUCCAUGAAGGAAGGGUGAGAAGAAAAGCAGUUUUUGACGAUGAAAUGGAUGUUGAUGAUCCGGAGGAUUCUGGUGAAGAUGAUGGUCAAGAUGACCAUGGUGAUGAUGAUGAUGAUUUGGAAUCAAACGACGAUGAUGAAACAGAAGAUGAAGAUGAGAUGGGGAAUGCUUCCAAGUGGAAGGAAUCCUUGGCAGAACGAACUGCAUCUAGAAAGAAAAUUAAUCUUAUGCAGCUUGUAUAUGGGGCACCUGCAUCAAACACUUCCAACGGGAUUGACGAUUCUAGUGAUGAGGAUGAUGAAUUCUUUAAGCCUAAAGGGGAAAGAAGCAAGAAAUCAAAGGAAGGAAUUGUUGGCAAUGAUGUGGACAUUGAUGACUGCUCAAAGUUUAUUAGCAACAACAGCCAAAAGGAUUGGAAGAGUGAAGAAUUACUUGGAAGUAUUCGUGAUCGUUUUGUCACGGGAGACUGGUCUAAGGCGUCCUUGAGAAAUCAACUCUCAGAAGGUACUGUGGGUCAUGAUGAUAAUGGAGAUGAUGACGAAGUCUUUGGUGAGUUUGAAGACUUGGAAACAGGUGAGAAAUAUGAGGGUUAUCAAGUGAAUGAUAUUGGAAAUUCCUGUCAGCCUGAAGGAUUGGUAGCAGAGGAGCGGAGGCUGAAAAAACUAGCCCUUCGUGCAAAAUUUGAUGCACAGUAUGAUGGUUCUGAGUUACCAGAUGAAGAUGAUGACAAUAAUGACACUAGACGUGGUCACGGUCAAAGCAGUGGAAGUGGUUUCAUUGAUAAGUUAAAGGAGGAGGUUGAACUUCAGAAGCAAGCAAAUAUUUCUGAGCUGAAUCAACUUGAUGAAGUCACUCGUAUUGAGAUUGAAGGGUACAGAACUGGGACAUAUGUCAGGCUUGAAGUUCAUGAUGUGCCCUAUGAAAUGGUUGAAAACUUUGAUCCUUGUCAUCCCAUUCUUGUUGGCGGCCUUGCUCUUGGGGAGGAAAAUGUUGGAUACAUGCAGGUUCGGCUGAAGCGUCAUAGAUGGCACAAAAAAGUAUUGAAAACCAGAGACCCAAUAAUUGUUUCUAUUGGGUGGAGACGUUAUCAAACUGUACCCAUAUAUUCCAUUGAGGACCGAAAUGGGCGUCAUCGUAUGCUCAAAUACACACCUGAACACAUGCAUUGCCUUGCAAUGUUUUGGGGUCCACUUGCCCCUCCUCAUGCUGGUGUGGUUGCUGUCCAGAAUUUAUCCAAUAAUCAGGCAUCAUUUCGGAUAACAGCUACUGGUACAGUCCUAGAGUUUAACCAUGCUGCCAGAAUAGUGAAGAAGAUCAAGCUAGUUGGUUAUGCGUGUAAAAUUUUCAAGAAGACUGCUUUUAUUGAGGACAUGUUUACUUCAGAUCUAGAAGUGGCCAGAUUUGAAGGUGCAGCUAUACGAACUGUCAGUGGAAUCCGUGGGCAAGUGAAAAAGGCUGCAAAAGAGGAAAUUGGUAACAAGUACAAGAAGAAGGGUGGAUUUGCGAAAGAAGGCAUUGCAAGGUGCACCUUUGAGGAUAGAAUAAAGAAGGGUGAUAUUGUGUUCUUGCGUGCUUGGACUCAAGUUGAAGUUCCUUCCUUCUACAACCCUUUGACGACGGCCUUGCAGCCACGUGAUAAGAUUUGGCAUGGGAUGAAAACUGUUGCAGAGUUGAGGAGGGAGCAAAAUGUUCCUGUGCCGGUCAACAAGGAUUCACUUUACAGGCCAAUUGAAAGGAAACCCAAGAAGUUCAAUCCCUUGGUUAUUCCCAAGUCGCUUCAGGCUGCUCUGCCAUUUGCAUCAAAGCCCAAGAAUCUUUCUGCUCGGAAACGACCAUUGCUUGAAAAAAGGAGAGCUGUUGUCAUGGAGGCUGGUGAGCGAAGAGUUCAUGCUCUUGUUCAGCACCUUCAACUUAUUAACAAUGACAAGAUGAAAAAACAGAAACAAAAGUUAGAGGCCAAGAGGAAGGCCCUUGAUGUGGAGCGUGCAAAGGAAGAUCAACUUUCAAAGAAGAGACAGAGAGAGGAACGACGAGGACGAUAUCGAGAACAGGAUAAGUUAAAGAAGAAAAUCCGCAGAACAUCAGAAACUUGAUGAAGGUGCAAUACGUAUCAUGUUUGCUUCCACAGCAGAGCAUUCAGCUCCAGGGUAUGUUGUAACAUUCUCUACUCAAAAGACACAUGGGAUUGGGAAAAUGCUCUGAUUAUACCUCACUGGACUGAGGAAUGAGAGAGCCAAACAACUGCUAAUAGUUUGACAGCAGAAACCAGCGCCUCAGGAAAAUCAAAGAGAAGGAUAUUUAUUGCAUGCGUUUGAAGGUUUGUUGGUCCAACUUUUCUCUUAAUCUUAAUUGGGGUCUCAAACCUUAAAAAUUUUGGUUUGAUGCAUUUCUACUAUGGGUUACAUUACUUGGUGGAUCUGCUCUGUUGUAAUUGUUUUGGCUAAGAGGGUAGCAUUGAUUUCUUUUGAGGAGGGGGAUACUAAAAAUGUCUUAUUACCAAGUGCAUAUUUGUAGAAAUAUAACCAAUUGAGCUACUACCGCAA